UAGCUAUGUCCAUUUCGAGUGAAGCUACAUUAAAAUCAGAUGCUGCAAGCAGGAAACGUCGCAAGCUCUGGCUCGGCGCAGGUUUUGUCGGGUGCAUCGCCGGAUCAAUAGCAUUUGCAGGACCCUUCUUAACUCCAGUGCUCAGAAAACACUGUCUCCCUUAUCUACCUGCUACUGAGAACACGAUAAAGUUGCUGUUUGGGGAACUGAAAGGAGCUAGAGGUCCCCUUAUUGAUCUGGGCAGUGGUGAUGGUAGAGUGGUUAUAGCUGCUGCUAAACAAGGGUUCACUGCUCAUGGUAUAGAGUUGAAUAUCUGGUUGGUGCUUUACUCCAGACUCAGAUCUCUAUUAGCUGGCACCUCAUCCAGAACCAAGUUCUUCAGAGCUGAUCUUUGGAAGUACGAUUUGUCGCAGUACAACACAAUAAUAGUGUUUGGAGGCGAGGGUAUGAUGUCGGAUCUAAGUGUGAAGUUAAAAGAAGAAACUACUCCACUAACUGAUAUAGUGUCCUGUAGAUUCCCUCUAGAUGUGGAGGUGUGGGAUACUCAUAGCAUGAUAGAGGAUGGACAUAACCCUCUGUGGCGAUACAAACAGAACAGUAAUUAGGUAGAGUUUGAGAUUUGGUAGGCUUCAAUUUAUUACUAAGUUAUUACUAAUUUAUUACAAAGUUAUUAAGAAAUGAAUCUAUUAUAUUAUUUUUAUAGGAUCUGAUUUAUUAGUUUAUGAAGCUAUAACGAUCUCUUUAAGAAUUAAUUGGUAAUAAGCAACUCAUAUUAUCAUAUAACUUCUUUUGUAAAAUAUAAUGUUUGUUGUUCAUUUUUCA